AUGGGAUCAAAUUGUCGCUUUUUACAUUUUUCACAAGACAAAGCGGAGAUUAAUCCAAAUGAUGAGCAUCAUUUAGAUCUUUUAGAAGUCGUUGAAAAGAAGGAUAAUCAUUAUUCAUUAUAUAUUAUUACUCAAAAUGCUGAAUUCGAUUUGACCAAAUUAAGGUUUGAAAAAGGAUUCAGAAUUAAUGAAGAUGGUUCUGUAACAAAGGCACACCAUCAAGCAUUUAAAAUUAAUCUCAGAGUAUGUGAAUGCAAACAUGAAGCAACCAUAGAAUGUAAUCGAUCCCUUAUAUUUGAUGUAAAGCUUUCAGCUGCUUAUUUAGAUUGGGUUUCUGCUUCCAUUGGAUUAUCGCAUGAAAACUCUGACAAUAAACUUGAACAACACAUGAAGUAUACUAAACAUUCAUAUGAACGAGUAAUAAGAGGGGUAAUAAAUUUACCUAUGUUAGAAAAUGUUACUGCAGAAGAAAUCUUUAUUAAAGAUGUUAAAAAUGUGGUGAAUGAUACAAUCCAUGAUAAUGAGAAAAAAGGUAAGCUUCGCGAAAUAUGGGGAAAAUAUGGCCACUUUUAUGCACGACGUCUUACUUUAGGAGGUGCUAUAAUAAGGAAUGAAAAAUAUACUAAAAAUUCAGCUGAAAAUUCCGAAGCAAAAAUUACUAAAGCACAAGUUGGAGUCGGAGUCGCGAAUGUUUUUGAUCCUAAUGCUAAUGUUGUUCAUGACAAUAGGGAUAUGUAUAACAAUUAUAAUAUAAAUACAAAUAACGCCGAAACAAUUAUUGGUGGGACAGACUAUUCCCAAAAUGACAAAAAUUUUUGGAUACAAUCUCUUAACAGUGCGACUGAAUGGAAAAUAAUUGGCUACGAGGAAGUUUAUUCAUUAUUUGAAUUAUUAGAUAAGGAAUUGAAAGAAAAAGUGUUGAACGUCAUGGGUCAUCAAAUUUUAGAAG